UACUCUAAUUGGAUUAUGCCAUGUAAUUUAAUCCUCAAUGGUGUGGUCAACAGGAAUGUGUCCAGGAGGAAUGUUGCCAGAGAGCUACUGUGCACCAUAAACUGUAAAACACCUCAGAGUAUUCUGCUGGAUACCCUGUCUUCCAAAUACAAGUUGGAUCCUGUGGCCAGUACAGAAAAACAAGCAUCCCAAAAGGAUUGUAAAGAACCACCAUACUCUAUGGCCGAAAGAAAACACUCAGGCACCAUCAGUUUCCUCUCUAUUUGUAUCUUUACAAUAUCCUGUAAUAUCAUCUGUGCCUCAGCAGAAGAUGGAUUUAUAGCAAACUAUUCUAGGAGAAUCCGAUAUACUGUUCCAAAGAACCUACCAGCAAAAACAACAGUAUUGGAUUUGUCCCAAAAUCAGAUUUCUGAAAUUCGGAUUUCUGAUUUCCGUUCUCUUCCCAAACUGCAUACCUUAAUUCUGUCUCACAACCUGAUCAGAGUGCUUAACCUCAGUGUUUUCCAAUACAAUGAAGACUUAGAAUAUCUAGAUCUAUCUCACAACAACUUGCAGACUCUUUCUGGUCUUCCUCUAACAGGUCUCAAGCAUUUAGAUGUCUCUUAUAAUAAUGACAUAAAUAUGACCAUGUGCCCUGACUCUGGUAUAAUGUGGAAGCUGGAAUAUUUAGGCCUCAGUGCUAGAAAUAUACAGAAAUCAGAUUUCUGCGUUCUUGCUCAUCUGCAACUAGAAACUCUAUUCUUGGGUUUAGAAGACCUCUUGGAAUAUCACUCUGGUGUCCUUCCAAUAUUCAAUGUGAAGAAUCUUCAGAUUGCACUCCCCCACAAAAGAAGUUUCCCCAUUCUUUUGGAUCUAGACCUCACUGUCACAGAAAGUUUAGAACUUUCAAAUAUCCAAAGUGACCAAGUCUUCCACUUGAUAAAAUUUCUGUCAAAGCUUAACAAAAAUGGAAGACUGCUAAAUUUAACCCUGACUAGUAUAAAACUCACCUGGGAAGACAUAUUGAAUAUUUUUUCAUUUGUGUGGAGAUCUACCAUUAGGUAUUUGAAUAUCUAUUACAUGACUGUUUUAGAAUUUGGGGAUGAAAUUUUCAGUAACAUUGAUACCUCUCUGAAAGCUUUGACCAUUGAACAUACCCAACUUGCUACAAUGACUUUUAAUCAAAGCCUUGUGUACAGAACCUUGUCAGAAAUGAACAUUUCAGCCCUGACAAUUUCAGAUUCUGGGAUAUUAUUUAUGCAUUGCCCUUCAAAACCCAGUCGUUUUCAAUACUUAGGUUUUUCAAAUAACACAUUAACUGACUCGGUUUUCCAAGGUUGCAAUAAUCUCCCUCUUGUAGAAACACUGAUUUUGCAAAGAAAUUAUCUUAAAGAUCUUACCAAAGUGAGUUUAAUGACAAGUCGCAUGAAACGUCUGAAAUAUUUAGAUGUGAGUCAUAAUUUCUUGCAACAUGAAGGUGAGAAUAAGUGCCAUUGGGCUGAAAAUAUGAUUAAACUGAAUUUGUCAUCUAACAUGUUGUCUGAGUCAGUCUUCAGGUGUUUACCAGUCAAUAUUCAAAUUCUGGAUCUGCAGCAGAACCAUAUUUCAAGGAUUCCUAAAGAGAUGCUCAAUCUGAACAAUUUAGAAGAGUUAAAUUUGGCUUUUAAUAAGCUAACUACAUUUCCUGGAUGUGCUUCUUUUAGUAGGCUCCUAUUUCUGAACAUAGAAAAUAAUUCUGUUCUUUCUCAGUCUGCUGAAUUCUUUGAAAGCUGCCAGUAUAUCCAGAGAUUAAAAGGGGGAAACAAUCCAUUCAAGUGCUCCUGUGAAUUAAGACAAUUUGUUAAUUUUGGAAAACAAGGGUCGGUAGAGUUGGUUGGAUGGCCUGAUUCUUACAUGUGUAAAGAACCGGAAUAUGUAAAGGGAACCCUUUUAACAAAUUUUCACAUCUCUGAACUUGUUUGUAACGUGCCCCUUUUGGUUGCUGUAGUUCUGAUUAUUACAGUGAUCUUAGGGGUAGCUGUUUUGAUCCUCUGCAUUCGUUUUGAUAUCCCAUGGUAUUUGAAGAUGAUAUGGCAGUGGACACAAGUCAAACGCAGGAACUGGAAGAGUCAUCCUGAAGAUCAUCUAAACACUUUGCAGUUCCAUGCCUUUGUCUCCUACAGUGAGCAUGACUCUGAAUGGGUAAAAAAUGUCCUUAUUCCAAAUUUGGAGAAGGAAGAUGGGUCCAUCCGGAUCUGCCAACAUGAAAGGAACUUUGUGGCAGGGAAGAGCAUUGUUGAAAACAUCAUAGACUGCAUUGAGAAAAGUUACAAGUCAAUCUUUGUGUUGUCUCCCAAUUUUGUGCAGAGCGAAUGGUGUCAUUAUGAGCUCUACUUUGCCCAUCACCAGUUAUUCAGUGAAGAUGGUUAUGGUUUAAUCCUUAUCUUGUUAGAGUCUAUCCCUACCUAUGUCAUUCCUGCCAGAUAUCACAAACUGAAAGCCCUGAUGGUCAAGAGAACCUAUUUGGAGUGGCCAAAGGAGAAGAGCAAGCAGGGACUUUUCUGGGCUAACCUUAGAGCCGCCAUUCAGAUUAAGCUUCUUAGUGAUGAAGACAAAUUGUAGAUUAAAAGUCAGUUUAUAUAUGCCUAGUCAGAAGAAGUUUUCAUUGUAUCAGUGAAGUACAAAAAUGCUGUGCUCUUAAUUAGGAACAUUAUUUUCUAAAUGCGGGGAAGAUUUGAAAAUACUGAAAAUUUUGUAAAUGAAAUGAAGAACAAAAAUAUUCAUGGUGUAAUUGUUGUGCAAUUUCUGAUGUAUGAUAACCACAAGCUGAAACAUUCCCAGGGUUCUCUUGGUAAGAUAUUUAAAGAAGGGGUUUAUUUAUUUAUUUAAAGAGGGCCCAUUAUCACACCACUCAUGGCACCGAAGUAUGAACAUUUGAAAUUCAUCACAGGUUGGUUGGGUCAUGGUUAAAGGCAAACUGACCAGUGAUCUUUCUUUGGGGGAGUCUGCCGUAUUAAGAGCAUUUGGAAUUGGCACUCCC